GUGGCGCGUAUUUUGGAUCUUUAGCCAUUGCCGCCCGUCAGCUGAUCGCCGCGGUUGCGUCAAUUCCACACUCUCCUCCUGGCUCCUUUGUGGUUGCCAGGGGUGAAGAACCAUAACUCUGGCAUUUUCUGGCCAUAAACGUACCACCCAUACUGACCCGGAAGUUCGGAAUUACCAAUGGUAACCCACUUGUCCUUUUUCAAUUUUCUCCUAGGACACAUCGCGGUCACAAAUCACACACAGGCGGAUGCAUUCCGAUGGAUCUGCCCAGCUUGGAAGCUUGUCAGCAGAUGAUUUGCGUGAACCAAUUGAUGGCAAAUCCAUGAACGAUGGACUAACUGAUAUAUCUUCUUGUUCUGGUAUAAGAAAGAGGAAAUUCCAAGAAUUUUGUCUGCUGGAUGAUUCCUCCAGUCUCUCAACUUCAUCUUGUCGGGCUGGUCGUUCCGAAAAAAGCGCCGAUAUUUCAUUGACAUCUCAACACCAGAAAGCUCAUCCCCAUACUACUUUUACACAUAGACGAUGUGCUAGUCACAGUGGGUACUUAACGUCGGCUGCUCACGAACUCGGAGAAGCGGCUAUUUGUGCUGUUGAGCAAGCUGAAGAACUUGUAUUGCAUCUCUGGAAGCAGGGUUGGAAGGUGGUACAUCAUCACAGUUUGCCUCAUUGGCUCAAAGAUAAUGAUUUCUUGUUGCGUGGCCAUCGUCCCCAGCUGCCUUCUUUUCGAGAAUGCUUUCGGUCUAUUUUCCGAUUGCAUACGGAGACAGGAAAUAUAUGGACACACCUUAUCGGCUUCGUUUGUUUCCUUAUUUUGAGCAUCACAUUCUUGCUUCGACCGGGCAUCCAUUUGAACUGGCAAGAGAAGCUUGUCGUGCAGAUCUUCUUCCUGAGUGCCAUUCUUGCUCUUGGGUUUUCGUGGCUCUUUCACACUGUCUACUGCCAUUCCGAACGUGUUGGACGGCUGUUUAACAAGUUGGACUAUGUUGGUAUAGCAGUCUUGGUGUUUGGCUCAUCCAUUCCUUGGCUCCACUACUCGUUCUACUGCCACGUUCCCUUCAAAGUGAUUUACAUGAGUGCCGUAUUCAUCCUCGGUUCUGUUUGUGUCGUGGUUUGUACACAAGACUACUUCCUUGCUCCGGCCUAUCGAGGUGCUAGGGCAGCUGUUUUCAUAGGUCUCGGGUUGUCAGCCGUGGUCCCCUGCACCCACUAUCUGUUGAUGGAAGGUUUCUGGGAAGCUGUGAGCUAUUCUGCUUUCGGCUGGCUCGUUCUCAUGGCUGUACUUUAUAUCUCCGGAGCGUUUCAAAGUCACCAAAUUUUCCACGUCUUUGUCGUGUUGGCGGCGUUGGUUCAUCUGAACGGGAUCAUGCAAAUCGCCGAAUAUCAUUCAAUCCCAAGCGCACCGUCUCUACUGGCACUUGCUUUCUGUGAUCCGGUCAUUCUUGUCCCCCAUCUAGUGGCAUCCGAAGAUGAGGACUUGUGUCUUCUUCUUGGAAGCAUUCUUUCAUUCGACUCUUCAUCUUCCCGAGCCACCUUGUAUAUGUAUGUGAAACACAAGCUGAAUCAGUCUGCUGGAAUGAUCAGCAGUGCCUUAAACUUGGUGCAGCUUGAUACGAUCGUUUCAAUGAAUUCUCUAGGUGGAUCGACAUUUUGCAGUAGCGUCAGCAACCGGUUCUCCGGUUAUCACACCUAA